AGGCUUGUGGAAAUUCAAGAACAAAUCUCAGUCGUUCAUGUUUCUCUACAAAUUAUAUCAAGGCUUAAUGGUCACCCUUUUCGCAUGUCUCUCUGUCAGCAUGGGAAUGGCGUUUUUGAACUACGUUAGAUACGGAGCGGAUAACAAACAAGACCUCAUUUUGACCGGCGCAUUUUUUAUUAGUUUAUUGAACCUAAACUUAAAAGUCUACGUUUUGUACAAGAAAAAAAUAAUAGAAUUGUUGGAACUGAUUCAGGAUAUGGAAGAAGAAGUAUGGAACUCGAACAAUCCAAAGAUUAUCACUUGUUACGACGAGCAGACGCGAUAUUGCCGGCUUUAUUCUAAAUUCUACAGUAGUUUGUCUGUUUCACUUGCCGCCCUUCUAGUGAUUGUGAGAUUGGUGCAAUUGUAUAUCGACGAAAUCGAAGCUACAUAUUUUAUUUUUCCUGUCUGGUUGCCUUUCGAUAGAGCUAAUUACGUUUUGAUUAUCUGGAUUAUUCAGAUUUACAUUACCUUUUACGGAAUUUCACUUACUGGAACGGUGAAUAUAACGGUGAUCACGUCAAUUUAUUUUCUUCACACCCAUUUUCGAUUACUGCAGACCGAGAUAAUGGGUAUUGGGGAGACCCAGGAACUUAACAUGAAUAAACUAAUCAAAAGACACAUUUACUUAUUGGAGUUGGGAAAAUAUGUCAAUGACUGCGUAAAGUAUAUUUUGUUGCUAGAAUAUUUUCUAAACGCUGCCAAUAUUGGUGGAAUCACAGUUCAACUUUUGACAGUAAUUUAAAGAAAAACUAGCGCACUUUACAUCACAAAUAAUACAAUAAUAUUUUUGUAGUGCGAAUCCAUGAGUGAAGUAGUGUUUUUUGUCGUUUACGGAUCUGGAUUAACAUUUCAAAUUUUUGUGUUGGCUUAUUCCACCAACGAAGUCAAAGACCAGAGUUUAGCCAUCUAUAGCGCUCUAUGGAACAGCUUAUGGUACAAUACGGACCAGUCGACCAAAAAAUCCAUUAUCAUCAUGAUGGCAGCCAGUCAGCGACCUUUGCUGUUGACAAUUGGGCCAUUUGGUCCGAUGACUUUGGACUCAGCUAUAGCGGUAAUGAAAGCUGCUUAUUCCUAUGCAACUCUAAUGGCUAACACAAUGGGUUCGAAUUAGUUUGUAGAGGUUAUGGGAACGCACUACCCUAUAAUCGAAAAGAAACGGCGUCGCAGUGGCUUUUGAGAUGGUAAUAUUCU